AUGCGUUUCUCCUUUGUUGCCAUCGGUCUUCUAAUGAGCAUCUCUUCAGCUGCAGCAUUGGCGGUCCCAGAGCAGGCAGAUCCCAGCAUUGACGUCGCCGAAUAUUCCAGCAUGGGAGUCGCGAAAGAUUCCAAUGCGGUAGUUGCGGAAAGUACACUGGAGAAGCGAGUUCUAUCGGCGGCGGAGAAGAAGGCGGCGGCCAAGAAGGCGGCGCUGGCGGCGGAUAAGUCUCAGGGCAAGAAGACGGAUAAAGAGGACGCGGGCUCUGCAACUUCUGAAGACGAAGACGGCUCGUCAGGAAAAGCUUCAUCGUCAGGGACAUCAUCGGAAGAUGAAGCCGCUGUAGUCCAGAAGCUUGCCAAGGCUUUUGGAAAGACGAAGGCAACUGCAACGGAAACCAAAGAGGCAAAGGCGAUUUUAAAGGCAUAUACGGCCAAAUUAGCUCUGACUCCAAUCGUAAAUAACAAGAAAGUCGACUCAAAGUCUGCUAAAGAUGCCCUCAAGGACAAGCCUGAGGACGCCAUAUAA